CCCGGGACAGCCCCUGCGGGCCGGGCGGAGGAGGAGGAGGAGGAGGCGGAGGAGGAGGACGUGGACCGGCACCCCCGCCCCGCGCACCUGGCCGCGCCGCCGCCGCGUGUCCCUCAGGGGAGCGGGAGAGCGCCGCCGAGAGCCAUGGGCGGCCGCGCGGUCCGCGGGUGUCUCCUGCCUCUCGGGCUCCUGCUGCCGCUGCUGACGGCCGCGCCGGGCGACUGCGCGCACGUCCCCAGCAACCAAGUUGUGUUGCUUGAUACAACAACUGUUCUGGGAGAGCUAGGAUGGAAAACAUAUCCAUUAAAUGGGUGGGAUGCCAUCACUGAAAUGGAUGAACACAAUAGGCCCAUUCACACGUACCAGGUAUGCAAUGUGAUGGAGCCAAACCAAAACAACUGGCUUCGUACAAACUGGAUCUCCCGUGAUGCAGCUCAGAAAAUCUAUGUAGAAAUGAAGUUCACCCUGAGAGACUGUAACAGCAUCCCAUGGGUCUUGGGGACUUGCAAAGAAACAUUUAAUCUGUAUUAUGUGGAAUCAGAUGAGUCCCACGGAAUUAAAUUUAAGCCAAGCCAGUAUACCAAGAUUGAUACAAUUGCUGCUGAUGAAAGUUUUACCCAGAUGGAUUUGGGUGAUCGCAUUCUCAAGCUCAACACGGAAAUUCGAGAGGUGGGGCCUAUAGAAAGGAAAGGAUUUUAUCUGGCUUUUCAAGACAUCGGGGCGUGCAUUGCCCUGGUCUCAGUCCGUGUUUUCUACAAAAAGUGCCCCUUCACUGUCCGUAACUUGGCCAUGUUUCCAGACACCAUCCCAAGGGUUGAUUCUUCCUCUUUGGUUGAAGUAAGGGGCUCUUGUGUGAAGAGUGCGGAAGAGCGUGACACUCCUAAACUGUAUUGUGGAGCUGAUGGCGAUUGGCUGGUUCCUCUUGGAAGGUGUAUCUGCAGUACAGGAUAUGAAGAAAUUGAGGGUUCUUGCCAUGAGCGAGCAUUGGAACUACGGAGGUAUGAUUGA